AUGGUUGAAAAUCAACAGAUCGUGCUUCCACCUAGCUCAAUGCCUUCUCAACCUAAUGCAAACGAAAUUCUAACUGAAGAUUCAUCCCAUCACUACUUGAAUGACUUGACAUGGAAAGAUAAAAAAGAUGCAAAGAAAUGGGCUAUAGAACGUGACAAGUUAAUUAUGUGUGAUCGCCACUUUCAAAUGGUUUGCGAGUGUAGUGGAACUAGCAAAAGUCAUGUGAAAAAGGGUACUGAAUCUAAAAGAAAGACGAAGAGGAAGAAUACUACUUUCACCAAGAAUACUAAUUGCCCGUUCAAGCUUCAAUUCAAGCACAACAAGAAAAAUGAAAAUAAUUUUUGGUAUUUGGAGAAAGUUGCAUGCGGUCGUCAUAAUCACCUAAUACCGAAGACCUUGCUAAGCCAUCCUUAUGCGGCGCGACUUAACGAUGAAGAAAAAAUGAUUGUAAGUUCCAUGACCGAAAACCGUAUGAAACCCAUUGAUAUACUUAGUCAUAUAAAGCUCCUAAACCCAUCGAAUGUUUCUACUUUGGCAACCAUAUAUAAUGCUAAAACAAAAUUGAAAGAUGAGCAAUCGGAAAAUAGGAAUCAAAUGCAACAAUUAAGGCAUUUGGGAGAGAAGUAUAAUUACUCGGUUUUUCAUAAUGAAGAUGAUGAUCGCCAAAUAAAGAAUCUCAUAUUGUCUCAUCCCGAGUUUAUACGGUUGGCGCGGUGCUCCAAUCAAGUAUUUUUAAUGGAUUGCACGUACAAGACCAACAAGUAUGAGAUGCCGGUAUUGAACAUUGUUGGACAAACUUCCACCAACUCUCCGUUUAGUGUCGCGUUUUGCUUCUUGGAAAAUGAGCUUGAAGAGAGUUAUGUGUGGGCACUAGAACAAGUGAAGUUAUUCUACGUGGAAGGAUAUACUCCAAAAGUCAUUGUCACCGACAAGGAACAAGCAUUAUUGAAUGCAAUAGCGAGGGUUUUCCCGGAUGCUCAUCACCUUCUUUGCACAUUCCACCUAUGGAAUAGCAUUGAAACUAAAUGUAAUACCAUAAUUCGUCCAACAAAUAAAAGUGAAAUGGCGAGAAUAAAGACACUACUGGUAGAUCAACAGGAACAAGCCAAAGAAAAAUUCAAGAAGGAUGACAAGUUGGCGGAACUAAGAUGGGCUAGUUUCCAAGAUGAUUGGGAUGCCAUGGCACACUCUCUCACCGUGGAAGAUUAUGAAGAAAGAUCCCGUAUGUUAUUGGAUAGUUUGAGAAGUUAUCCAAGUAUGGUGAACUGUUUGGUGGACAAUUGGUUGGAUCCGCACAAAGAGAAUUUUAUAUCCGCAUUCACGAACCAAUAUAGACACUUCGACAACCAAGCUACAAGUACGGUGGAAUCGUCUCACAACUGGUUGAAGAAGAAACUUCAUAGUGGUGAUCUUAAACUUUUUUCUUGUUUCAUUACUAGCCCAUAUUACAAUCCAUUAAACCCAUUAAACCACAUAGAUGCAUGA